CUCUCUCUCUCUCUCUCUCUCUCAUCAUUUCUCCCUCACCUUUAUGUCACUGUUCUGCAGGGUCUCCCUCUCUCUCUCUCACAGACACUCUACUAUAUAGCUAGGGUUUUGGGAGAUAUAUUCCUCGUUGAACUCUCACAUCCCACACGCAAGUGACAGAACCAGGGAAUUUCCAUGGUUGAGAAUAUGGCCGUGUGGGUGUGACUGAUCAUUCGACCUUGGGCUACAAACAGUCAUGUCUGGAAAGAGUUAAAGAGAGUUCAGAGAGUGUCUGGAGGAAGAAAAGAAGAAAAGAUGGCUUCUUCGAGCUAUUCCAAUCCGCCAUGUGCAGCCUGCAAAUUCCUCAGGCGGAAAUGCCUGCCUGACUGCGUGUUCGCCCCUUACUUCCCGCCUGAGGAGCCCCAGAAGUUUGCCAACGUCCACAAGAUCUUCGGUGCGAGCAAUGUGAGCAAGCUCCUCAACGAAGUCCUCCCCCACCAGAGGGAAGACGCCGUCAACUCUCUCGCCUAUGAGGCCGAGGCCCGCAUGAAGGACCCGGUUUACGGCUGCGUGGGGGCGAUCUCAGUGCUCCAGCGACAGGUCAUCAGGCUACAGAAGGAGCUGGAUGCGACGAACGCUGACCUGAUGCGCCACGCGUGCAACGAGAUGGCGGGUAACACCUCGCUCCCAGGGCCUAAUCCCGGCCACAACUAUUCCGGAUCACCGAGAGAGUCAUCUAGAUACAACGAGAACAAUCCCGGGUAUUAUUACCCUCCCAAUUAUAAUCCCUGGUCCGGCGGUCCCAGUGGAGAUCCUGAUCAGGGAGGAGGAAGUGCUGUCUAAAGAUUAUUGCGUGCGCAAGUUCUGAGUCGGAACUGGGAUAUGUGUGUGGUUUUAGGGUUUCUGUUGUAUAAGUACUUAUGGGUAGAUAUGGUCAAGCUCCCAUGCAUACAUAUGUGGUGUGUACAUAGCCGGGAUGUGAUCCUCCUGGUGGGUCUGUAUUGAUCUGUUCGCGACUGUUCUUUCUGCUGUUAUAUAUUGUGAUGGAUGAUGAUUGAUUGCUAUAUAGUUGUGGCUAUUGAUAUUGAA